GAUGGCAGCACCGCAGAGCGGCCCAGGCAGAUCUGCCCAUACAUAAUCAUUGCCUGCCAGUACAGGGAGCCAAAGGAAAUGCCUGUCUUAGCUAUAGAGAGCCUACCCGAGUGUAACCACAAAGCGUUGUACUGUCCAUGGAGGGGACAGCUCUCCAUUCGCGGCCAGAUUUUAUGCAACAUCGCCCUGAGGACCCCGUAUAGGGCCACAAUUCCAGCUCAGCUGCCUCCCAAGCUGGACAUUAACCAUGUCAUGGGUUUGUCUGACUUGAAGAAAAAGCUGCCAGAAGCUGCAUUUGGGAAAAGAAAUUACAUUGAGAGUGAAGUUUGCUUUCAGGGUGUUUACUUCAGUCUGUACGAAGUGGAAAUAUCAAACAAGGAUCAGUAUAAAAUGGAUCGGUUAAUAGAAAAUCUGAAGGAAAAGGACCUGGCAAUCAUCAAAUAUUUACAAGAUCAAGGAGUCCUUAUCCUCCUCACGUCCUCUGCCUUGGCACGAGAUGAUGGGUUUGACCCCAAGGAGCCCGUCAGCCUCCUGGCCCUGUUUCUGUUCACCUCGUCGCGGUCGAUGUGCCUGAGAGGUAGGGAAGUUCCCUUGGCUGCUUUCAGACAUUAUAUUUUGAGUGUGAGAUCUUCACAGAUUCCUCUUGAAGAGCUGAUUUCUCUGCUCAAAACCACCUACAGCUUUAGCACAAAGGUUAAGGAUGAAUGUAUUAACCCCACCAAAAAAUGCUCAGCCCGGUCCUUCUCCCAGCUGCAGCGUUACCUCUCCGAUCCCAGCAGCUACACCCUGGAAAUGGCAGCUGCUUUAGGAUGUUUGAGUGCUGCUGCUCGGUCUCUUCGCUGCGAUGGUGAAGUGGAUUUCUCUUCAGCUCCGCCACCGGCCCCUAUUCCUCCCAACACAGCAGUAGAAAUAAAAGCCAAAAGUAAAAGCUCAAAGCCCACAGUGAGGCUGGACCAGAGUGGUGAAGGCCCCACGAAAGACGUCAACUCAGCCAGCAAACCGUGGGUGCAACAGAGCAGGAGGAAAUCCAGCCGAACCCUUGUGACCAGGAAGAAAUGGUCACCCCUCAAGAUGCAAAUGCAUCCCAUGGGGGACGGCAGCAGGAACAGGAGAGCAAGCAAGAGGAAGAAAAUCAACAUCGCUUUCUCAUUCCCUAAAAAGCCGGGGCUCUCGGCCAAUUCCAGCGAGCCCAUGCUUAAAUUGGCCAAUUUGCAGUUUCCACACAGAAGGAAAAGAGGCGCAGAGGUCCUGUCUGCAGAAUUUGUGCACAAAUCACAGUCUGAACCUGUUCAGGAGGAAACCUCAGCUCCUGAUGAUCCUGGCUUGGAAAAGAAGAGACCAAAGACACUGAGGAGCCAAGAGGUGAAAAAGGAUCUUGUUUCUGAGACCGUCACAAAGCCACGGAGAAGUAACAUGCUAAAAAGUGUGGCCAACAACAGCCCAGUGAAUCCUCAAGCCAAAAACCAAGCAGAAAAUGAGCAAAAGGAGCCAUCCUUGGUCCUCCCAAGCAAAGUUUCUUCCCAAAACCACGGAGCAGAUGACCAAACAAGUGGGAUUUCCCCCAGCAGAGGUGUCACUGAUCUUGGUUUCGAUCUGAAGGGGAACGACUACGAGUCCCACGCCUUGAACUUGCUGGCUGACCUGGCUCUGGGUUCCUACUUCAAUGACUCUGUUUCUGUUCCCAACCCUGGGAUUUUCCUGGGCAAGAAGAACAGCGCGAGCCCUGCAAACCCCCACGUGUCUCCUCCAAGAGAGACUCGAGAAGCUGCCGAGGUAAACAAGCACUCCUUCAUCUCCGCCGAGCACUCUUACGCCUCGCAGAUGCCCGAGCACUCGAAGAAACACAUCUAUCCAAGAGGUGCCCCUUACCCCAGCCCAGCACCCUCCAAAAACGGGACCAGGAACGCCCGAGCGGGACCCCUGGUUGGGAAAGUCCUUCCUUUCCGCCACCAGCAGAACAGCACCCACCACCAGCGGCCCUUCCAGGCCGUGAUGAUGAGGCGCAGGAGCAGCCCCCUCUCCCUGAGGAUGAAAGAGGACUUCACCAAAUCCCACACAGUGAACAUCUGCGGCGGGGCCCUGAAGGUGACGUGCCACUGGGAGGCAGAGUAUCUCUUCAAUUUGGACAGCAGGUACACCAACGAUGCCCUGGAGAAGACCGUCAUCCGCGCCCUGCAUGGGCCCUGGGACCCUGAUCUGCCCGAUGACGUGGAGGAGAUGAAGCUGAUACUUCACAUGUGGAUGGCUCUCUUCUACAGCAAACCCAGCAAACUCCUAAGCAUCUCCACGAGGAAGGUGGUGGAGCACAGCAACCCCAAGAAAUACGUCUCAAUCAACAGCACCGGGGACUUUUUUGAGCUGAGUGAUGAUGGGGAGGACUGUUUUGGGUUGGAGACGUGCCCCGCAGACUCUGGCUCAGACCCCGACCAGAUUCCCAGCAGCUCCCUGGAUCGCAGCACUCAUUGCCAAGGACCUUUCCACCAAGAGGAGAGCCCUGCAGACUCUCAGACUGAUGAUGAUGGCACCCCUGGUGUUGUCGAUAGCACGGUAUCGUCUUCUUCAGGGGAGCUGCCUUGUGGGGAGGAGGAGCCUUCCUCCACAAGCUGUCCCGAGAGCCUUUCCCUCACUGAACACGCUGAGGAGAGCCUGGCUGUGACAGACAGACGGACACCAGCCAUUCCUCAGGAGCAGGAGCGUGACAUCUCGACCAUCCCCAUGGAGCAGCUGCCCCAGGAGGGACUGAGAGACGCUACCAUCACCCCCAGCCCUUCGGAUGAGCUCGACGAUAGCCAGGACUUCACCUUCGACUACACAGCCCUGAGGAGUGACUCUGAAGCUGGGGAGAGCGAUGAUGUGCGCCUCAGUGCAGAGAAGUCCCCUGGGAGCAGCAAAACGAAAGCAGCGAUGGUGGUUAACACACAACAGGAGCCAGAGCCCUCUUUCCAUCACCUGGGGGAACCAGAGCCCUCCUCCUUGGUGGCAGAGGGGACAUCUGCCAUCAAGGAGCACCCCAAACCGCAGCAGAGCUCCCCCUCUGCCUGCAGAGACCCAGCUCUUGCUUCACCCCCCGGGCAGGACCCUUUUCCCCAUGGUGGAGACGCAGGAUCGAUGUCUCCAUCUCCUCCCCAUGCUCUGCACAGCGCUGAUCCGGAUUCGGUCCUCGGUGUGCACCCUAAAACGCCCUCUCCUGGCACCAACCCGGCUCCCGAUGGGGCCCCGUGGUCCUGCAGCGCCUGCCCCAGCUGUGCCAGCCCUGGGGGCCAGCGGGAGGAACCCAUCCUGCCCGAGGAUUUGGGAGGAGGAAGCAACCUCCCUCCCGCAGGUCCAGCAUCGUUUUCAGAGGAGGACCAGGCCAAGGGAUGCGACGCAUUUCCUGACCCGCGCCGCGCCACGGAGGUGGGAGAAGGAGAAAUCCCCCCUCUCCCCUUCCUGACGUUGCCAUCGCAUCCCCGCAGGGACACUGAGAGAGAGAGCCUGGAGCUUAGCGACACCGAGGAUAUUUCGGGUGUGCUCCUGAGGGCCAAGCAGCCCUCCAGCAAAGACAAACCCAGGGGCUUGGCCUUCGAAGAUCCAUUUGAGCCUUUCUCUGGUGAUUCGGACCAGGAAUAUUUUGGGGGGACGUCGCAGUCCCUGCUUACAGCCCAGGGGUCCUACGGCACGAGGUGGGCACACACGGAAGGCUUAGCGACACCGAGGAUAUUUCGGGUGUGCUCCUGA